AGACCAAUCAGCACAAAGCUGCGGAUUGUUCAAAACUGUACCCGCCAUCUUUGUGUUUAGGUUCGUGUCAGAACAAGCACACUUCUUGCCGUUCACCUUGAAGGGCUGCGACAAAACUUGACUAACUAACGCAGAACGAGAGAUGGCGUCUCGCUUCGCCCAAAUGUCACAGAGAGACAGCAGUGUGGCCAUGCUUCGCGUUAAGAUGUCACGACGGCGCUCCCAAGCUCAGAAGGAGAACCGCGACCGGGCUGUUAGUCGCCACCGAGGCCUGCACCUGCUGCCAGACCUGGACGUGUUGUUGGCGGGGCCGCUAGAGGAAGCGGACAACGGGGCACCUCUGCCUGCCAAGGACAAAAAGCUUAGUGUGGCAGUUGAAGAGAGGAAGAAGAUGCUGGCUCGUUACAAGGAGGCCAAAGAGCUGCAGAAGGAGAAGGAGAGGAGGGCCCUGGAGAAGAAGGGCGGGGUCUUUAAGGUGGGCGUGUACAAACCUCAGCCCCUCGCCUCACUCCCGCAGGCACCAGCCAGGACCAAGGCGACAUCGACUGCCCUCUCCAACAAGGUCACAUGGUCUGUGAAGCAGCAGCACCCACAGAAGCCCCUUGCACAGAAAGAGAAUGUUUCGGCGCACAGGAAAGCGGAGCCUGCAGUCAAGCCAGUAAAGCCUCGUGUGGCCCUGAAACCCCAGCCAGCGCCCCCUGCUGGUGGAUGCAGAACUGCGCCAGUUGAGAGGACGGCACGAGCGCAAGCAGCCAAAGCCGCCAAGAAACCCCAAACUGCCCCUGCCCCUGGCCAGGGGAAAACUGCACCAGGUACCAAGGGCAAAAGCGCAAAAAAAGAUGGCAAUGCCAAACCACUCUCGCAAGCAACUGAGAACAAGCCUGCAGCCGCUGAAGGAGAGACGGUGGAGGGAAGGGAGGUGGAGAUGCAGACAUGCACGCCUCUCAGCCCAGCUAGCCCUUCUGAAGGAGGAGAGGAACCGUUUCAGCGAGACGCCGUGGAGGACGAGAGGCCCCCCUCCUCUUUUGCCCCCCAGGGGUUUGUGUUUGAACCCCCCGCUGGCCUCGGUUUGUUCCUGCCUGCCGCCACGGACACCCCGUCCAAUGAUGCUUUACUCACGCCCAGCCCCAGCCGGGAUGACGCACCCGCUGGGGUGGUCUCAGACCCUCCCGCUGCCCCCGAGCACUCAUGCCCCUCUCCCACCACCCUUCCCUCUCCUAAUCCUGCGGCCCCUCAGUCUCCCUCAAACUCCCAGGAGCCCCAGCACGACGUCCCGUAUUUCAGGGCAGUGAUGGCCAGCGAGGCGGGCAGACUGACGGGGCUGUGCGAGCAGUGGGACCCCCGCGUCGAGGAGCCCUCUAUUCCCGAGGAGAUCAGAGAGAGGGUGCGCACCGCUGUGGGACAGGCCCGGCUGCUGAUUAGGGAGCGUUUCGGCCAGUUCCAGGGCCUGGUGGACGACUGCGCCUUGGGCAGGGGGGAGAAGACCACCACCUGCACCGACCUGCAGGGCUUCUGGGACAUGGUGUUCUACCAGGUGGAGGAUGUGAACAGGAAGUUCAGUGUGCUGAAAGAGGCGGAGUCAAGGGGCUGGCAGGAGGAACACAAGCCCCUUCCCCGAAUCAAACGGACAGCAAAGAAGCCCCCUGUGGCGGCAGCAGGUAGCGCAGGAGGGGGAGGCGGGGCCAGUGCGGCCGCCAAGAGCCGCCUGGCCGCCGUGAAGGCCGCCAUGAGAGCCAAGCGAGAGGCGGAGGCCCAGCGCGCGGCGGAGAGCCCCGCAGGGGAGGCCCCGCCCCAGCCUCCGGCCGACGCCCAAACCGUGGUCUUCCAUGGCGGCUUCUUCCAGGUGGAGAGUCCCGCCAAAGUGUCGGGUUCUAUGAGACGGACAUCCCUCCUCAGGACGGCCCCCUCCCCCUGUUCCUCCCCCUGCUCCCCCUCAAGAGUCGGCACACCCAGGAGAUGCCUGCACCCUGCUGCGUCCCGCCCGUCCCCUGCUCCCGGGGUCACCUACCACCUGUUUGGCAGUCUGUGUCUCACCCCCCGCCCCCAGCCCUCUCCCUGCUCCACAGCACCCCCUGCCUCUCCUCCUCCCACACGCACGCAGAACACAGAACGGGAGGAUUGUUCAGGAACUCCUGAUGCAGAUGCAAACCCUGCCCCCUGCCCCACAGACCCCACCCCCUGCCCUUUAAGCCCUGCUGCAAGCCCCACCCCCUGCCCUGCAGACCCCACCCCCUGCCCUGUAAGCCCUGCUGCAAACCCCACCCCUUGCCCUAUAAGCCCUGCUGCAAACCCCCCCCCCUGCCUUAUAAGCCCUGCUGCAAGCUCUGCAAGCCCCACCCCCUGCCCUGGUGCAAGCCCUCCCCCCUGCCCUAUGAGCCCUGCUGCAAGCCCUAUAAACUCCACCCCCUGCCCUAUGAGCCCUGCUGCAAGCCCUGCUGCAAGCUCUGCAAACCAUGCCCCUUGUCUUGUAAGCCCCACCCCCUGCCCUGUAAGCCCCACCCCCUGCCCUAUAAGCCCUACUGCAAACCCUGUAAGCCCUGCAAACCACGCCCUCUGCCCUGUAAGUCCUGCUGCCUGCUCUGUAAAACCCGCCUCCUACCUUGUAAAUCUCACCCACGCAUGUCAGUCAGAUCAUGAUUACGCUAGGUUGGACAGCCCUCCAAGACAGCUGGAGUCUGAAGCUCCCAGCCAGUCUGCACCCAGACCUCAGGAAGUCAACUGCCAAUCAGGGAUUGGAGGAGUGCACUUAGAGCCCCUCCUGACCCCGGAGAAUGUUUCUAGCCAAUCCAUGCUCGUUCUAGAGGUGACAGAUGCCGCAUGUGGCCAAUCGGAGCUUGUUGCAGAAGUGGGGGGUUCCCCUCCUGCCCUCUUGGUCGCACUUUCUCCAUCUCAGCAGGUGGAGGCAGUGGAGGACCUCUGCGAAUUCACUUCGCCCUGCCAAAGAUCAGCCUAUAGCCCAUCUCAGUGGCAGGGGUUAGAUUUCACCCUCUCCCCCUCUGCAUACCCCUACACCCCGAGUCGAGGGCUGCUACUCAGCCCAGACGACUCCUCCCCCAUGGGCCAGUCCCCGCCUUCCACCCCGAGGCCCCUCCCACUAACCCUGGGCUCGGAGACGCCUGGUUGUGUCACCGACAGAAGCCCGCAAGCUGCCGCACGUGUGCAGAUGGGCCCAGCUGCGGAGACGUCCGACACGGCGGACGUCCCGGGUUUGGACUUUGACUCCUGCGUCCAGCCCGGCCUGAGGUGCGGCCCGUCGCCGCGAGCGACUGUCACUAUGGUGACCGGGUCCUCCCCGGACUCGACCGCGGUUUCCGACGGCCAGAUGGAGAGUCCCGGAGGCGGCCGGGCGGACGGGCUGGCGGGGGGCGUGCGGGUGGACGCAGUAUGAAGAUACUAGCUGCUGGCCUUCCUUCCUGUCCAGGAGGUGUGUGUGUCUAUUGGUGUGCAAGACCGCACAACGUUUAGUCUGCCGUUCUGCUGCUUUAGACAGACACAGGAACACAUCCCCUCCCUCAGGGUUUACUGAUGAAGGUGCUCGGGCACACACAUCCCCUCCCUCAGGGUUUACUGAUGAAGGUGCUCGGGCACAGUACGCCCUUAUUUUCGGUUUAAUCCUUCUCACACUGACCCUGUAUAUCCUGCUUCAGACGUCCUUUAAACCUGCGCUGAUGUGGAAACAAGAUGGGAAGGGCAGUGGAAAUGCAAAAAAUAUUUUCCAAGAAUGCACAUUUAUUUUCUCAUCUGUUCAUCUCAAAUACAUUUAGCCAUUUAAUUAGCUCCCCAUUUAUUUAGUGUUUAAAAAAAAAAAAUUUUUAAAUGUCUGAAUAAAAAAUUUUCACUUCUA